CGCUCUUUCGUCUCUUGUCUUUGUAUAGUAGUAGUUGAUACUGUAGGCAAAAGCUCAACUAACUUGUAGGCUAAAAUAACCUUAAGGAUGUCAGUGGUGUUACUCAUCAUGUUUUUUGGACACUCAGUACUUACCGAGCCAGUGCGGGUCACUGCUUAUGAGGGGGAGACGGUAACGUUACACUCUAGAGGAAACACAGCAUGGAAUCUUGACAGUAUCCGUUGGACCAUUUGGAAAAACAAGACUUUCAUUGCUACUUAUAAUUCAGACCCAAGACACUUGAAAACUGACCUCUUCUGGAGUUACAUGGGUCGACUUAAUCUGAGCACGACUACUGGUGAUCUACAGAUAAAAAAUGUGAUAAAAGAAGACGCCAAGUUAUAUUCUGUGCGUUUAGAGGACAACAACGGUGAACAACACAACCAUAAAGUUCAACUCAACGUAAGAGCUCAGCUGCCCAAUCCUAUUCUAAAUCUAACUUUAAGUGCCAUAUCCAAUGAUCGCUGUAUGGUGGAGCUGCACUGCACGUCACCUCAGGAAGAACUGAAUAUCUCCUGGGCCUACAUUGGGAAUCCUUCUGUGCUCUUUGCUUACCGUCACUUGGAUAAGAACAAUUCUGUCCUGUGGGCAAAUUUACCAGCAGACAUCCCCACAAACUUCAGCUGCACAAUCAGUGACGACAUUCGGAAUUCAAGCAUAAGUAAGCAGCCAUCAUGCAAAGUCACACCAUCCAGAGACAUUGGUCGUCAUCACUACAUCAUACUAUCACCAGUGGCUUUUCUUUGUGGACUCCUAGUAUGCUGGGCUUUAUUAAAGUGGAUGCCAAUAAGAAAACAGGAGCAACAAGAAGAGACUACGACAGUGACUCCAGCAGAGCAACAAGAGGAGACUCCCACAGUGACUCCAGCAGAGCAACAAGAGGAGACUACCACAGAGACUCCAGCAGAGCAACAAGAGGAGACUCCCACAGAGACUCCAGCAGAGCAACAAGAGGAGACUACCACAGAGACUCCAGCAGAGCAACAAGAGGAGACUCCCACAGAGACUCCAGCAGAGCAACAAGAGGAGACUCCCAAAGAGACUCCAGCAGAGCAACAAGAGGAGACUCCCACAGUGACUCCAGCAGAGCAACAAGAGGAGACUCCCACAGAGACUCCAGCAGAGCAACAAGAGGAGACUCCCACAGUGACUCCAGCAGAGCAACAAGAGGAGACUCCCACAGAGACUCCAGCAGAGCAACAAGAGGAGACUCCCACAGAGACUCCAGCAGAGCAACAAGAGGAGACUCCCACAGUGACUCCAGAGGAACAGCAAGAAGAGACUCCAGAAGAGACAAGCUUUGUGCCAAGUUGAUAAGUAAAUAAGGACUUCAGUAUUUGUUUAAAUGCAGCACUGCCACAACAUCAAAAAACGAACCAUAUGGGAUUUCAUUCUACAGUUCACACAGACAAAUGUGAAAAAUACAAAUUUAGACAAAAAGAUAAGAAGACACUUGCAGUCCAUGGGCCAGAUGAGAUGUAGGUACCACUUAAGGUGGCAAAGGUCGCUUAAACUUUUUGAAAAUAUUCAUAUCUGUAGUUAACAUUUUUGUAUGAUAACCCUUCUUGGUGUCACAGCUAAAUUAUCGUUAUCAGCUGUGUUGAAGUAACCCUCCCUCAUUGAAAAAAAACAGUUUUGAUUCAGGUACCUAUCUUGCUAUUGGCCUUUGUGAAAGACAUACAGUAUUUACAUAUUUUAUUUUAUUCUGUUUGUAAAUAGGACUAUCCAAGCUUUCAUUCAAGUCCUUUUGUGAACACUUUGGACAAACACAGCAACCCUGGAGCUCUUCAAACAUUUAAUUGCACACAUUUUCCUGCCAUUUUUGCCUAAAAUCAUCUUUUUUCUUUUAAUCCUGUGGGAUCAGGGAUCAUCAGAGAUACAAAAUGCAAACACUGCAAUACUGGCAUGACUUCAUUUACAUCUGUGUGAGCUUUUGAUAGCUCAGUAUUGUUUUAGCUGGCCAUCAAGCAACCGUCGCAGCCUCAUCUCCUUUGUGUGGGGGGAAAUAACAUAAUAUAUAUAAAAAAAAUAUUAAUAAAUAAAUAAUAAAUAAAAAAAGGACUGGGAACACAGGCUUAAAGUUAAACAUAAAAUCUUCUUUCAGAAAUUGAUCUCAAUGCCUUAAAUGGAAAAAAUGAGGAAAUAUUCAACCUUUAAUCAAGGCAACUUGCAAACGUACCAUGGGCGCAGUGAUAUCACGCAGCAUCUGAAAAUAGUCCCCAUAGACAACAAGCAAUAGUAGUACCAGUAUUUUGCAAGUUGCCUAGAUUAUUACGCCAGAUGAGAGUGUAGUUCCAUGUCAAAUCAGCCUAAAAAAUGCCAGGUUUCAUUUUCAGUUGGUCUUGUUGCACUUUCUAACUUGAGAAGAGACACGUUUUAAAUGGGAAAAUUACCGGAAAUCUUAGUCACUUUUAAACAUGAUGCUAGCAGGCAAGAUGCUACUGGUCUAAUCCGUUUCAAUGAUCUAUGCUAGGCUGAAGCUAAGAGUUGUAUCGCCAGACUCACAGAAUGGCUGGACGAACGGGAAAAAGGUAAAUAUCAAUUGUUUUGCUCGAGGGGAGGUGGAAAAUUAGCUUAUUUCCAAAAAUUGCGGAAUAUCCCUUUAAUGGAAAUUAUAUGUCUACUGAAACUGAAUAGUAUAUUAUAAGUGAUAAGUAAAAUUGAAUAGCAAAAACACUUUAAAAAUGGGUGAUGUACAGUAUAUAUAUUUAUUUUAUCUUUUAUUUUUAUUUUAAUUGUCAACAUCUCCAGAAAAUUUGGUCUUUGAUUUUUGAAUUGUUGCCGAGAUCAUAACUGAUAGUUUUCAUGGUAGGGUGAUUCUUUUUCUUCCCAAUGGUUGCUUCAAGCAUUUCUUUAAAAGUCCUGACCCCCGAAGAAAUUGCUCCUUUAAAACAGGUUUCAUUUGUUUAUAUUUUGGAAAGAUUAGUGGAUACAUAUCCAUUUGAUGAAACAUUUAUUUGCUCAAAUGCAGCACUGUCCCAACCCAAAAUACACACAAACAUAUACAGUAUACGUGAUUACAUACUACAAUAUCAAAAUUACAAAUUUAGUUGGAAACAAAAGUAGAGACACUUGUAAUCAAUCUUUCAUCCACUGGUUGGGUUACAACACGUCCUGAUAUGGAGAGGAGAGAGUAGCUCCAAGGUCCUUCUUCAUCUCUGGACGUGAGAAGUUUACCUUAUCAUACAGUGUAUGAGGCUGAGUAAAAAGAGCAGAGUGAUAGGUUGAUUUUGGUUUUCACAAUCACAAUAUUUGACUCUGAACUAUUAAUCAAGCAUUCUGCGUUAGUUCUAGCAGGCUGUCAAAUUAGGUGCAUCAUGGAAGGAAAAACAUGACUAGCAAUACCCCAUACUGUUGAGCAACUGAAAAUGAAAUCCUAUAUUGAGCAGUAAUGGGACAACAUUUCAUUCUCAAAACUCAGUUUAGCAACUGGUCUCCUCAGUUCCUAAACAUUUACAGAAUUUUGUUAAAUGAAGAGGUGAAGCAGCACAAUGGUAACCAUUUCCUGUCCCAACGUUUUUAAAAACAUGUUGCUGGCAUCAAAUAUAUAUAUUUUUUAACAUUUGAUAUGUUGUCUGUCCUUUUUGCUGCUAAAUAUGGGUUCACAAAACUUGUAUAAACAAUUAUCACAUUCUGUUUUUAUUUGCAUUUUACACAAUGUCCCAACUUUUUCUGAUUUGGGGUUGUACAACUGUAUAUUGUACAUUUUAGUGGCCCAGCCACCAAGACCUCUGUCCAUCAAAAAGUGAGCACAGUGUUCAGAGUGAUGGCAAAUAAUCAUUCCUGCAUCAAAACCCAGAUUUCUGAAGAACCAUUUUGAGAGCUGUGAUGGCAAAUAAAGAUGUUUCCAAUAAUCA